CAACUGUACCCCCAUCUAAACAGAGGAAGUCCAAAAAAACAAAGAAGGGACAGGGAGGAGACAACAUCAUCAUCAUAACCUGAUGUCCAUGGGCACAAGUUCAAGGUGACAAGGUCAGAGAGAGAGGGAGGGAGAUAGGGCAAGAGAGACACACACAGGCAAACAAGUUGGAUGAUGUAUCUCCCUCUCCUCCCCUCACUCUCUCCCGCUCAGACCCUGUGUAUUCAGCUCCUCAGCUGCUCCUCCAACAGAGGAGCCGCUGGCUGAGAGGAGUCGAUGAUCGAGGAAGCGCACGGACUCCACCAGGCAGGAGCGCGCACCCCUACUCCGGGUCACAGAGCGUGCACCUCCCCUCAGUGUGGAUGAGACCAGUUUGUAGGAUCGUGAUGCUGUUGUUCUAGAAGGAUUACCGAGGACACACCGUCACCACAGGGUUAGGCAGCAGUGGACAUGAAUAUGGCAGCCGUGAAGAGGCUCGAGCUCCUGCUUGGAGUUGCUGUAGUUUUCCAGUGUGUGGGAACAAUCCGAGCCGAGACGACCGAUCACUGUGACGGAGUAACUUUCACUUACUCAGAAGAACAAACAGGAAAUAAGGAUACAGCCGUGGACGUCAAACUGUACUCUCAUCGAUGGAGGAGGUGGAUUCUCCCAAAACCUCAUACCAUGGACAGUAACAGAGCCAGUCAAGAGCAGGACCAGCAGCCAGACCAGGAGGAGCCUGAGAGUUUCCCAGGCCUGUUGUCAGCAGAGGAGAGAGACAACAGCUCGCAAAUUGAAGAGGACACAGAUCACAACUACUACACAUCAAAAGCAUAUGGACCUUCAGACCCAAUGAGUAAAAACCUGUGGGUAAAUGUGGAGCAGAUGGACAAGGAGAAAGUGAAAAUCCACAGCAUUCUGUCCAACACGCACAGACAGGCAGCGAGGGUUAAUCUGUCCUUCGAUUUUCCUUUUUAUGGACAUUUCCUGCGUGAAAUCACAGUGGCAACUGGUGGAUUCAUCUACACAGGAGAUGUGGUCCAUCGGAUGCUCACGGCCACUCAGUACAUCGCUCCCCUCAUGGCCAACUUCGACCCUAGUGUCUCCAGGAACUCCACCGUUAUCUACUUUGAUAACAGUACUUCCCUGGUCGUGCAAUGGGACCACGUUCAUCUACAGGACAACUACAACCUGGGAAGUUUCACCUUUCAGGCCACAUUGCACAACAGCGGCAGGAUUGUGUUUGCUUACAAACAGAUUCCUGUUGAAGUGUCACAGAUCAGCUCAGUCAAUCAUCCUGUGAAGGUGGGCCUCUCUGAUGCCUUUGUGGUGGUCCAUAAGAUCCAGCAGAUACCAAAUGUGAGGAGGAGGACGAUAUACGAGUACCACCGCGUGGAGCUGACAAAGACCAAAAUCAUAAAUUCUUCAGCUUUGGAAAUGAUACCUUUGCCCACUUGUCUCCAGUUCACUAGCUGUAGAUCCUGCAUUUCCUCACAGAUCAACUUCAACUGUACUUGGUGUCAUCGCCUCAGCAGAUGCUCCAGUGGAUUUGACCGUCACCGUCAGGACUGGGUGGACAACAACUGCCCAGAUGAGACCAAGUACAAACUGUGUGACAUCAGCAACACCACGUACGUCUACCCCAUCACCACCACUGCUGUUGCCAAAACAUCAUUCAGGAGCAGAGGCUUACCAGGGGAGGAGGAGGGACCUGCCACUGCAGACCCCCCCACCAGUGCCCCCACUGAAGAUGACACAAAGAUCGCGCUGCAUCUCAGGGAAAACCAGGUGAUGCCAGCUAACAGUGCAGUGGGCAGGAUACCUGGUUCUCACCCCCUCCACACUGGUCUGAUCCUGGGGAUCCUGUUGGUGGCGCUGGUCACAGUGGCUGGUGUUCUGGUCACCGUGUACAUCUACCAUCACCCCACUUCUGCUGCCAGCCUCUUCCUCAUCGAGAGACGUCCGAGCAAGUGGCCAGCAAUGAAGUUCCAUCGGAGUUCAGGUCACCCGGCCUAUGCUGAAGUGGAGCCCGUGGGCCAGGAGAAGGACGGCUUCAUGGAAUCAGAGCAGUGCUGAGGGAGGGGGGAAAUGGUUUUACAUCCUUGCUGCCCCUCCAUUUCUACUCUUCCAGUGCCAAACCUCCUUCAUCCUGAUUCUCCAGCAGAAUCUGGAGCCGGGCUGUAAACAGUGAAUGUUCUGGAAAAAUUAGUGGAAAAGAGAGGAAACAGAAACCCUGGAAACUGAUCCCAGACAGACUGAUCAGAUCCAUCUAGGAAGAAGGUGAUAUGGGAUUAUGGUGAUGGUACAGCGUGACUCUGUGCACUGAUACUGGUGUGUGUGUGUCUGUGGAGGGGACGGGGAGCAGAGUGAAUUAUACAAUUUAUAUUUUCAAAAAUACAGCGUGUGUGAACAGAGAGUUUCCACUUUAUUGUCGGUGGUUGUUUAUUCAUCAGGUUUUGUGACUUCUGUCCUUUUUUUUUACUGUUUUUUAUUCCACACGGUUUACGAUGUGUCUCUGUGUAGCUUGUCCUUAUUGAUUUUCAUACAGAUGCAGGACUUUACCACAGAAUCUCUUCUGUGGUAAAGUCCAGCAGCUGUGUCAUGUGACUCAAGCUUGACUCCUGUUAACCUGAUUGAUCACUCAGUGCAGUAAGGCUUAGAAAAUACUGCUUUGUUUUCAGUUUGUGAUGAUGGGCUGGGGGGCUGUUUAGACAUGUAGCUGCUCUAGUUAACGUCUCACGUCACCAGCUGUGUUUUCACUGUUAUUUGUAUCAGGAACCAUUUUUGUAUGAAAACAUUCUUUGUCACUUCGGCAGAACCUUCAAUGCUGUUUCUAGACCAACUACCAAAAUGGUAGGGUUAGGGUUUUUACUCUAUACAUAUAUUGAACUUUUUAUAUGAAUCUUGUUGUGAUGCCAUGUAGAAACACACCCACUGUAAAAUACCAACCUUCAAAUAAUGCACAGGUUUCAAUAUGAAAAAAAUGUCUAAUCUUCCAACAAGAUCUGCCUGUGGUAUUUCAUUUCUUUCUAAAUUUCUAACAUGGGCAAAAGUAAACCUUGUGGGGGGUGGGGGUUAGGGUUAGGGUUAAAAAAAUUACAUUAUUCAGUCAUCACUGUUGUCAUCUAACUGCCGCAGAUAGAA